AUGAGAAGGAAACCAGUGGAUUCCUUUAGCAAUAACCCACCAGCUCCCACUAACCCUUAUCAACAGCUGACCACUUUUAAUAAUCAAUUUAGCUCACAAGUAAACGAUGAAUUGAAUAGAUCUCAACCUUAUUCGUCAACCUCAUCAAAGCAACAACCCCAACAACUGGACUCGGCAUCGGGGGUGGGCAAUAGUAACAGCAUUCGCAAGUCUUCUAGUUCCAUGUUUAGUUUGAAACGACAUAGAGAUAAAGACACACAACUGCGUCAACACCAUCACCUGCACCAUAUAACUGACAGUCUAUCCGAUGUGUCGUCAACGGACUCUGCAAGCAUUUUGUCAGCAGGUACGCAAAUAUCAUCCCACAGUAGACGACUGUCCCAAAAUCCGUAUCGGGAACAAUUGCAGUUUCAACAGCAAAACCAUCUGCAACAACCAAUUAGCUCACACCAAUUGCUGCAGCAUAGCCUACCGCAGCAGCAAAACUCCCAUUUCCCCCCUUCAAGAUCAUCCUCAGCGGCAAAUCCAUCAUCAUACUCAACUUCAUCCCAACAUAAUAGGAAAUCGUCCGCUUACAGUGUUUCUACUAUGGGUACAGAAAAGGCUGCUUUCAAUCCUUAUGAUACGCCAACACAAUUAUCUCGCCAACAAACUAAUGCGACUUCAAACACGAAUUUAUUAAGCAGAAUGUCAACAAAUAUAUCACUCAACUCGGCCAUGAAAUCUAAUAGAGGCUCUACAGAUGGAGAUGAGAGGUUUCAUUUAGAACGUCCAUCUUCUGCAUUUGAAAUUGAUAAAAUGUUUAAGGCCAUGUUGGAAAAAAUAAAUUUCAAGAGUUUACCACCACAAGCAAUGAGAGACUUGUUGAACUAUGACACAGAUAGAAAGUGGAUGAUGAUUGAGCAGGAGAGACGAGCUGAGCAUGAAAGACAGCUUCGAUACGUCCACAAAACCAAUAGCGAAUUACCAGAAACUUAUGCUAGAUGGUUAAUGCUGAAAACAAUAACAACAUCACAACUAAAUAAUUUAUGGGUACAGCUAAGAAGUGAGCCAAUAUCUUGGGUACGGGAAUUUGUUUAUGACUGCCAAGGAGAUGCAUUGUUGUCAUCGUAUUUACAGAAACUCCACGAAGGAAUGGGAACGCAACUGAUUAUCUCAAUCACGGAUGAAGUGUUUGAUAAGGAGCAUUACAUAAUGCGUUGUUUGAAAUGCGUUAUGAACCAAAAAUUAGGUGCAGAAAGAAUCAAAACGGAUGUCGAUCUUUUUGUUAAUGCUGUUAGUGGCAGUCUCCUCUCACCCAGAUUGCUCGUGAGAAAGUUGGCAACUGACGCGCUUACGUUUGUUAUAUCAUACAACGCUAACGAUAAUGGGCGGUACCAUAAAGUACUUCAAGCUGUUGAUUCAUUGAACGAACGAAUACUCUAUGAUUUUGAAGAUUAUGAUGAGGCAAAUGCUCGUAAGAAAAGAGAGUUGAUUCGUAAACCGCCUCCAGUAAGCUGCAAGCGGUUUGAGGUGUGGUUGGGAUUGGUUGAGAGAACCGUUGAUGCAACAGGUAAAUUCAACUCGAAUGUUGGUGAAAGAGAAGAAAUCAAAUCUCAGUAUGUGGGAUCCACCUCGAAGGAAAACCAUUUACCUGACUACUGCAUUGCAACAAUGUUAUUCAUCAACAUCAUAAUCGAAAGUGCCACAGAUUUCAGAACGAGAUUCCAGUUUCGUGGACAAUUUCAAGCGGCAGGAUUGCAUCGCUUGUUCAGCAAAUUUCAGACUUUACAACAGCUGUUGCUCAAUAAACAUAUAGAACGAUACUUGGAAUUGGCUAAAGAUGAUGAAGAGGAAAUGAGAAUUGUUCUGGGUUUCGAUGGUGAAUUGAAUUUCAAUGAUCCUGUCGACUUGGUCAAAUCUUUAUGGGAAAACUUCAGAGGGUCUGAUAACCAAAGUCAUUUCCUCAGUACAAUGCAACAUUUGUAUCUCAUCCAAUCAGAAAAAAAGAAUAAUAAGCAGGAGUUAGGUCAAAGUUUGCGAAUUCUUGACAACAUUAUACAAAAUCUAUCAUCUCAACAAAGUAGUGAUGAAAAUGCCGCUUUGAACAUUGCUAUAAAUAAAUUGCACGCCAACAUGAGUACUGAUGAUCAGUACAGACGUGCAUUAGAGGAGGUAAAGUACUAUAGAAAAGUGGCCGAGGAAGCCACUGCAGAACGAGAUGAAAUGACGAGGCAGGUCGAGAUGGGUGCAGAAGGAAUGAUUACAAGUUUGAAGAAUGAGGUUACUGAACGUGAGUUAAUCAUUGAAAGAUUUAGAAGAACUAACGAGGAGAUGAAGGAAGAAAUGCGUAACUUGAAGACAAAAUUGAUGCGAGAAAAACAGGAGCAGGAGCUUGAAAUGAGGGAGUUUUUGGUUAUGUUGACUAGUGGUGAUAUUGAAACUUCGGUUUCCAAAAAGGGCAAGAAAACGACAGCAUCGGUCAAGACUACAAAUGCUGAAUUAGCAGAAAGGCUAAGGAAAGAAAUUCAUCGUCGUAGGGCCGAGUCGAGAUUGGACAAUAAGCGUUUGGGUACUCAUGUGGAACCACUGAAAAAGUUGAGGGCUUUGAGGGACCAAAUGGGUGAUCUUCAAAAUAUUGCUCGAGAAUUGGAAAUGACCGAUUUUGAUACAUAUAGUGAGCCUCAGUUGGAGGAACAAAGUCCAUCAGAACCAGAAGUUGUUGAAAUCGUGUCAGGAUCAGAUUCAGAAGUUGAGUCAGAACCGGAACAAGAACCUGAAAUAGUCUUGCCGCCUGUUCCUUCUCCUGGAAAGAAGCGUGGAAUGCGCAGUGACGAUUUGACCAAACUUGAUGGCUUGAGGAAGAAAUUAUCCAACUUGCAAAGCGAGUCCAACGACAUUAUGAAAUUCAACACCAGUUCCAUGUUCAACAAACAAAAGUACCUUGCAGUUGAGAGAUUGCAAGAGUUGGAGUCUAGCUUUAGUGACUUUAAUAUUGACUUUGGAAUUCAAAAUGAGGACGAUUACACCUUUUCACCAGGUGCUGAUGAUUCAAUUAAAGACAAGACAAAAGAGGUUUUGAACGAAGUGGGGAGAUUACGCAAUGAAUUAAGAAAUCAAUUGGCAGAAGCAAAUAAACCAAAAUUAGCAAAGAAGAAAACCUCAGUGAUGGACAGACUCGAGGACAAGUACAUGAAAGGGAAAGUACAAACGAAUGCAGACGUUUCUAGUCAAAAUGUAAAGGAGCACAAAAAGCUGAAUAGAAUGACCACAAUUGGUUCCAUGGAUCCUCGAUUCCUCAAAGAAUUAAGCAAUAAGGUCCAACUAGCUGAACCUAUCGACAUGUCCAAAGUCGGUGUUAACGGUGAAACAACAUCGGCUGAGAAGGGAAUGAAUGAAUUUAGUUUGAAGUCAGCACCAGAAUCUGCACAACCAGGAAAUGAUUCUGCUAACUCGACUUCAGGACCAUCUCUACCUCCUCCUCCACCUCCUCCUUUGCCCCCAUUGUUGGGAGGGGAGUCACCCAAGUCUGCUUCUGCUUUACCUCCGCCCCCGCCACCUCCUCCACCACCUGCAUUUUUGAAUGGAUCUACAUCAGCGCCUCCUCCACCACCUGCACCACCUUUCCCUCCACCUUUGCCAAGUGCUACAUCAUCUAGGAACUCGCCACAAUUACCAUCACCAGCCUCAAUUGGCUCACCAAUUUUAGGAAAUAUCCCACGACCCAAGAAAAAGCUAAAACAAUUGCAUUGGGAAAAGAUUGAUCAUACUGAGGUCGACAAUUCAUUUUGGAAGGAGCCAAAUUCUGAUACACUUGCUAGUGAAUUGAUGUCAAAGGGUGUAUUUGAUGAGAUUGAAAUUAUAUUUGCCGCUAAAGAAAUUAAGAAGUUGGCAUCAAAGAAAAAGGAAGAUAUGGAUAAGGUGUCAUUUUUGUCCAGGGAUGUUGCACAACAAUUUAGUAUCAACUUGCAUGCUUUCAGUUCAUUGUCAGACGACGAACUUGUCAUGAAGGUAUUGAGGUGUGACAAAGAUGUUGUUACUAACUUAUCUGUACUCGAGUUUUUUGGCAAAGAGGAGAUCACAGAGAUUACUAAUUCAGCGGUCAGAAACUUUGAGCCAUACUCAACGGAUUACAAGACUGAUGAGAUCACUAAACCGGAUAAGGAUCCAUCGGAGUUGCAAAGACCGGAUAGAAUAUUCUUGGAGUUGAUGUAUAAUUUGCAGCAUUAUUGGAAGUCAAGAACUAGAGCAUUGUCCGUUAUUGCCCAAUACGAAAAGGAUUAUGAUGACUUGGUUUCUAAAUUGAGAGCAAUAGAUGCGUCGGUGGACAGUAUAAAAAACUCAAAACAUUUGAAAGGCGUAUUCGAGAUUAUAUUGACCGUGGGAAACUAUAUGAAUGAUUCGUCAAAGCAAGCUCGUGGGUUCAAGUUGAGCUCAUUGCAACGUUUGGGUUUCAUGAAGGAUGAAAAAAACAGUAUGACAUUUUUGCAUUAUGUUGAAAAGCUUAUUCGUACACAAUAUCCAGAGUACCUCGAAUUCCUUGAUGAGCUAGCUAAGUGUAAUGAAACUGCAAAAUUUUCAAUUGAGCACAUAUACAACGAUUGCAAAGAUUAUGUUCAAAGUAUAAAGAACGUGCAAAGCUCAGUCGAUAUUGGAAACUUAUCUGACAUAUCCAAAUUCCACCCACUGGAUCGUGUUUUAAAGCUUGUUUUGCCUGCAUUGCCAAAAGCAUCAAGAAAAGCGGGCUUACUUCUAGAUCAAGCCGACUUUACUUUGAAACAGUUUGAAGACUUGAUGCUUUAUUUCGGUGAGGAUGCACAGGAUCUGUUUGUGAGGAAUUCUUUCAUCAGUAAAUUUACGAACUUCAUGAAGGAGUUCAAACGUGCACAAUCUGAAAACUUGAAACGUGAAGAAGAGAUCAGAAUUUACGAACAAAGAAAGAAAUUGGCAGAGUCAGCUAACAAAAAUGGCAGUGGUUCCAACACUCCAAAUAAUGCUACUGGCAAUGAUGAAGAUGAAGGAGUCAUGGAUUCGUUGUUGGAAAGAUUGAAAGCAGUGGGACCAGCAAAAGGAGAGCCAUCAUCGGCUCGAAAGAAAGCUUUAAUGAGACGCCAAAUUUUGGAGAACAGUCGUAAAUAUUCCAAUGAUGGACCUCCGUCCCCGACAAAAUCAGAUUCUUUUGACUUGCUGAAAGAAGGUUCAGAAGGAUUGGCUUCACCUGUUGAUGAGAAUACAGAUGUUUCAGACAAAGAUCGUACUGAGACUGAAAAUACCAAUUUAGAUGAGAAAGAUGCUCCAAUCGGAUCCAGGGCAAGGAAUUUGUUGCAAGAACUUCGUAAUGCUAACGAGGAGGGACCUAAUGGUGAGCUAACAGCUCAACAAUACAGACUUGAGAGACAACGGAGGAAAAACCAAGCCGAGUCUGGAUGA